GGUGAAACUUCCGUGAAAGGCACCGAUCUCAUCGCAACGUCGGAUAUGGCGGCGCGGCCUUCUUCUCCAUUCCGGAGUCGCAGGCUAUGGCUGCUCGCGUUGACUUUGUCUGUCCUCAGUGGCGCUGCAGCAGCAGCAGCAGCAGAAGUAUCGCUCGGGAGCGGCCCCAAGAGGAAAGAAAGAGGCGCUCGCAUUCCAAAGAGGGAAAGACGCGCCAGCAGGGAGGAUUGCGCCCCCCUGGCCCGUUUCCUGCAGAGCGAUCUGAGCUUCUCCUCGCUGACCGACGCGCUCUUAAAGACAUCCGAGCUUCGCGCCAUGGAACGUCGUUCCCGCCAAAAAGGCUCAGCUUUCGUGCUGCUUGCCCCCGACAACGCCGCUUUCCCCCCCAACCUCCUGGAGUGCUUGAAUUGGACCGAUAUCGAUGAGCAGACGGUGAAGAGGCGGAAGCGCUUGCUGUUGCAGAUGCUGAGGUAUCUUCAGAUCGCCAACUUGCGCUUCGCGGUCAAGUCCAUCGCCGAUCUCCUCCUCAAUGCAGACGGUGAAGACAGGUCGCUGAAGACGGUCCUGGGGCAGAGAAUGAUCGUGUCUUUGCCUUUGCGUGCUGACGAUUACACGCCGUCCGAUGACGACGAUCCGAGGUCGGCGGCCACCAUAGCUAUGGUGGCGUCGGCAUCCGACAACGGCACGGCCGCCGCGUUCAUUGCCAAGGUAACCGUGCUCUCUGCGAACGUCUCUCUGAUCCGAUUCGCGUCUAAGCUUCUUGUUCCAGAGUCUAUUGAGAGGAUAAUCGACGGCGUGUGCAGACCGUCGAUUGCUAUGACAUUGUGUAGGAGGGGAGGAGAUUCGAUGGGGGGGGGGGGAAGGGGGGGGGGGAGGAGCGGGAGGUGGCUUAAGGAGAUGGGAAAGCCUGAGUUGAUGGAUGUCUCGACGGGAGAUCUAUGGCUUCCGUGGUCACAGGCAAGCGCUCAACCGUCGAUCGCCGGGGUCCCUUCGUCGUCAUCACCGAGGGAUGGCCUUGGCUCUGUUGGUUCUGCGAGCGACAUCUCUUCUGUCCAUCCGCCGGUCGGAGAAGGUCCCCGGAUCGAUCCCGAUCCCGACCGAAACUCAUCGUCAUCCGGUGUGGCUGUUCGCGGGCCAUCGCCUCCGCCUCCGACGGACGCGUCUAGGAACAGAACUUCUGCUGGCAGAGGUAAUAAGAAGAGUGGUGGCCUGAGCCCGGGAGCGAUUGCAGGGGUGGUGGUGGUUGCCGGCUUCGUCGCUCUGGCGAUCGGGACCGGCGUCGCGAUCGUCCUUGUGCGUCGCCGCAAUCCCCGGCGUGCACAGGGUAAUCAGUCGGGGCUGGAGAUGCCGUCCCGCCUCCCUAAUUACGGCCGAUCGAAUCUGGAAAAGCCGAUCGCCCACCAUGAGUGGCGCGGGGGCAUGAGGCGCUAGUUGCACUACUCGCCAUCCGCCAACAUUUUCAACGCAUCUGGACAAAAUGGCGACCAUA